AUGAGAACAAGUCCUAUUCCAUCUCUGAUGGCGGAAUCCGGACAGUUGCCUAUGGAAUUUGCCGCAGCUUUGGCGUUAAUCAAUUGUGCCAACCGUCUGGCGGUAGGAUCAAUCUCCCGUGAAUCCUACCCGACAAUUAGGAGGGCUAUGAUUCAAUACAAGAAGUUAACGGGAUAUGAUCUACCACCGAUUUCAAGGAAGCUUCGUGCUGGCUCCCGGGAGUGGUUUACCCCCAGGCCGUGCUUGGAUUGGAGUUUGGAGAAGAAGAUUCCCGCCGGAUCGAGCUCGUCUGUGGCAUCACAGGUAUUUCUUGCUCACAUCGACGAAGUCUACAGGAACAGGAAAAUUUACACGGAUGGAUCGGUAGACAAGAAUGAAGCCGGUUGUGCUUACUGGAGUAAAAAGAAGAGUGAAACAUAUCGUCUACCGGAUGGAUGCUCGGCUUUCUCAGCCGAAGCGUUUGCGAUCUGGAAGGCGCUACAAAGAACGGUAGAUCCGAUUGAACCAACGGUUAUUUUCACUGAUUCGGCGAGUAGCAUGAGAGCAUUGGAACAUGGAAGUUGUCACCCAUGGAUCCAACGCGCGGAGGAAUUUUGGCACCAGGUCAACGUAGCGAUUUGUUGGGUUCCUGGAUAUUCUGGGAUUCCUGGCAAUGAGAAGGCGGACGAGUUGGCAGCAAAAGGAAAGAAGAAAUCACACCCCACGACAUGCAUUCCGGUCCCAAGAGAGGAUGUCGACCGGAUGGUGAGGCACCGAAUUCGCCAGGCAUGGGAGAGCUCAUGGAGAAGAAGUGACAAAUUUUUAAGAGAAAUCAAAUCAACAACAAUGCCCUGGACGGGCUAUGGAAAACCGCAAGAACAAAGAAUAUUGACCAGGCUACGUAUUGGUCACACAUAUUUGACUCAUGGACAUCUGUUGGAAGAAAGGGAGGCAAAUCCGUGCAUAUUCUGUGGUGAGAGGAUGUCGGUGAAGCAUCUUCUGGCAGACUGCCUUGGAUUGACCCAUGCGUGGAGUCGAUACGGAAUAUGUGGUACGGUGGAAGAAAUACUUGCUCCCGAUCGGAAAGCAGAAGAGAAAGUGUUAAAUUUCCUAAGAGAAAUGACAUUAAUUGAUAAAAUUUAG